GUCAGGGACAGACUGAGGAGAGUAAGGGAGGGCACUGUAGUGCAGCAGUGUAGUCUGACAUCUGGACAUUUCACAUCUGGACCUAUCAGGAGAAAUGACUCUUCAACCUACAAGCAUCCCGGACUUCAGCACCACAGCUGUAUAUGGAGACCAAAACAACACCAAUGGCACUGAUUGUCCUGAAUCGGACCUUUGGGAGUGGCUCAACUCCGGGCAACCGGUGUAUAUCCUAUUCAUCACUGUGCUGGGAGUCAUGUUUAAUGUGUUUGUCGUCAUGGUUUUCUGCCUCCACAAGAAGGCCUGCACUGUGGCUGAGAUCUACUUGAGCAACCUGGCUGCUGCUGACAUUGUUCUGGUGUCCUGUUUGCCCUUCUGGGCUGUCAACAUAUCCAACGAUUUCAACUGGCCUUUUGGUCUGUUCUUGUGCAAAGUUGUCAACCUGGGCAUUAAGAUGAAUGCCUACUGCAGCAUCUACUUCCUUGUUCUGGUUAGCAUAGAUCGCUAUGUGGCACUGGUGCAUACAAUGUCUCAUGGUAGAAUGCGUAGGCCAAAAUACGCCAAACUGGGCUGUCUGCUGGUGUGGGGUUUUGGCUUGCUCUUGAGCAGCCCCACACUCAUCUUCAGGGAAGUGAAACAUUUCCCAGAGUAUGGUGUACAUGCAUGCUUUCUGAACUACCCAAACCACACUCUAGCACUUUUCUGUGAUGGGAUGUUGAUUGUUUUUAGCUUCAUCAUCCCCAUUUCGAUUAUCUCAUUCUGCACUGUCAAGAUUAUUCAGGCUUUGAAGAUCCAGGCAAUAGAGAGGUUCAAUGCUGAGAAAACAGAGCAGAAGGCCACCACUCUAGUGCUAGUGGUCCUUCUGGCAUUCCUAAUCUGCUGGGUGCCAUUCCACGUGGUCACCACACUGGACGUGCUGACACGAGCUGACGUCUUUGGAGGGUGUCACCUCACGACUGUCCUAGAAAUAUGCAACCAGAUUUUCACCUACUUAGCUUUCUUUAACAGUGUUUUAAACCCCAUCCUCUACGUCAUUGUAGGAAAGAACUUCCGGAAAAAAGCUCAGGAAGUCUUCAAGCAGUGGAGGACUAAGAAAACAGGGUCUUCUGAGUCCACACAAUCAAAUGGGUCCUCUACAUUAAAGACUAUAGUAUAAAACAUUUCAAAAGCACUGUUCUCCUCAGAAAUAGACUUUGCAGAAACAUAACAGUGGUGCAGUCAGUAGUUUUGUUCCAAUGUAAAUGAUUCAAAUGAUUCAUAAUUAGGUUUGUAGUGGAUGUAAUUGUGUAGUAAUGGGACCAACAAUCUUCUUAAAAAAAUUACCUCAAGCAUGAACUAUUUUUAGAAAAUGUAAUUAUUUGUGUAUGGCCAUACAAAGCUGGUGUGAAUGUUCUUUACUCGAGAAAGUGGUCACUUAUCAUAAGCUUGACCACAUACAAUUGUUUUUUUCACUUUUAUAACAUUUCAUCAUAUGCAAUAAACCACAACCCUUUGUUACAAACAGUGGCAAGUAACAGUAUCGUGAAUGUAUAGGUAGUGUGAUCUAAAUCAGCUUGGUUGCUGUAAAAUAAUUUAUGUAAAUAUAGUUUUCAUAUUCUGUCUUGUAUUUCUAAUAACUCCUAUUGUAAAUAGAACCAGUAUUUUUUUUUCUAUGUACAUAACUGGAAAAUAAAGCAUAUGAGUUUAUGGAUAUCUUGUUGAAACUUUAU